CCACACAGGCCCUACGACCGUGUGACAAAUUUCAUGGGUAUCACGUCGCUUUCUGUGAGGAAGAUUGUUCACCGUAACAGAUCAGUGAUCUCACAUGAGUCUGCUAGCGAAGUAUUUCCUAUACCACAAGUCUUUGAUAAUUUUACAGUGGGUGCCAUUCGUCGGUUUGUUCACGAGAUAUUUGCUGCAAAGCAAGUAUUUACUGUUAGAACCCUGAUGACAGAUUUGAAGACAGCCAACAUAAUCCCUGAAACAGCCUCCGAGAUAGCGGUGUGGCAGCUCCUGCAAGAUAUGGUAUUCAGAAAUCAGGGUUGCCGUUUUAAGGAAUUUCGUCGAAUAGUGUGGCUUUCUGGUGACAUCUGGCAACCCUCCGUGGCUUUUCCGACCACAGGCCACGUCGCUGUGGAAUAAAAUUCCACGGCACUGAAGAAAAAAAUUCUUCACUUUGCCUUUUUAUGUUUUAUUUUUGCAUCACUAUAUUUCUGCAUGUGACAGGUCUAAAAUGAAUGAGAAAACGUAUAAUUUACUUUAUAUCGAUUUACAAUAUCAUUGACCUCCUAAGUAUGUGAAAAAACGUUUGUUGAAAGUUUGUGAAGCACUCCCCUAAAAAGUGCCUUCAUGAGCUGAGAGGACAGCGGAAUUGAAGUUCACGAACGUUCGCUUCCGACUACGAUUUCUUUGAAAAUCAGAACUGCGUAUGGUAACACUGCUAAAAGCUACUGUAACGUCUCAACGAAAGAUGUAUUUUGCAAAAGAGUCCAUUGAUGUGGUUUGCCGACGGAUCGGGGCUCUACGGGCUCUGAAGCGCCAUCGAGAAGAUGGAAGGGAGAUAGUAUAUGUCGAUGAGACGUGGUUCACCACCAGAAUGAGCCACAACAGAGAGUGGGUGGACACCGCACAACCUGCUACCAGUGCCACGCAUAGCCGACAGGUACCACCUGGCGAGGGAGAGCGCUUCGUGGUGGUAGCAGCUGGCACAGCAAAUGAAUUUAUUGAAGGCUCUUUCCUUUGUUAUCCUGCAAAGAGUACAAGUGGCGAUUACCACGGGGAAAUGACAGGCGAGCUGUUCAUACGCUGGUUAACAACGCAGCUUCUACCAUUGCUGCCUGAACCAUCAGUGUUGGUGCUCGACAACGCACCUUAUCACAGCCAGCUAUUAGACGAGUGUCAGUGUCCUACCACGGCCACCAAGAGAGCAGACCUUAUUACCUGGCUUCAGAGUCGCCGAAUCCCUACCCCAGACGGUGCCACAAGACCUGAGCUGUUGCUCAUAUGUCAACAGAACAGGCCAAAACCACAGUACAUCGUGGACAACAUAAUUCGAGAGUGGGGCCACGAGGUGGUGCGUCUGCCACCUGCCCACCCAGAGCUCAAUGCCAUUGAGCAAGUAUGGGCGUGUAUGAAACGUCAUGCGCGGUUCAUCUUUACAGCGAUUCACCCGGGCAGACUUGCAGGCAAGACUGGAGGAAGCCAAGCUUUUGGCCACUGA